AUGGAGUCUGUUUCCAGUUCGCAUCCUGAAGGUAUGCCUGCCAAUGAUUUGGAGGCUGAGUCUGGGUUUGGGUAUCAUGAACACUUCCUAGCACGAAGCGGCAGGAUGAUUCAAGUCUACAAGAAGGUUAUGGAGGUAGAUGUAGGCUGUAAACUGGACAAAGCGAAAACGAUCGGGACGAUCAUAGCGAAGAACAGCCCGGAAAUUCUCAUGGUGGCGCAUUCAGGUUAUACCAGCAAUGCUUGGAGCCACAACAAGUGUCUCGAUACGAAGAAAUGGAACCAGUUAGCCCUUCAUCACGUCGCACGAGAAAUCGGAUUCAAAUUCCCAACGACUCAAAGAGAUACAAAUGGCGCUCCCGUGUCGGAGGAGUUCAGAGGGAGGGCACAUGCUGGCCACGUUGAGGUUCUGCUUGCCUCUUGGUACAUCGUUCAUCUACUCCGGACUGAGCUAGGGUGUAACGGCCACGAAGAAGAGCUCGUAAAACAGCUCUACCGCCUUAAAGGGUUGAACCUUGGUGACAACGGCACUGCCUUUAUCACGCUUGACAAGGAUCCAUGUUAUACCUGCAGCAGCUUCUUACGCAAGCUAAUGCUAGCUACACACGUGGUAUUUCUAGUCCCAGAUUCGUUAGAAAUUGGCCCGAUAAAACUUCACAAUGGUGACAGAGACUCGGAAAAUGGAUCCAGCGAUCAAAUGUAUUUGAAUCCGGAGCCGAUUCUAGAGCCUUUGGUGCCAGCAUCACGACUUUCGCGUCGUCAGCGAACAUCUUUAAUGCUAGACCAGUGGACACCACAAAAUCCCGAGGAUCUUUUAUCCACGUAUAAAAAGAAGACACCAGUCCUUCAUCCGCCUGGAUGCAGCAGACCACCGAGCAGUCACAGUCCAGAAGCUGACGAUAUACAUGAAUAUUGGAAAGAUUCACCCAGCUUUCGACCACGGGCCACUCUCGGGGCCAAGACGCCUGGAGCAGUAAGCGAUGGUCCUAGUUGGGAAGAUGUUGGGGAUGGAAUCCUGAUGUGUCGUGGUGGUGCACAGUCUGGCUCACUUGGCCCAGAAGCUGUCCCAAUCAAAUUUGAAGAACGACAGUUUUCGUUCUCCCCUCUAGAGCCCCUAAGUCCUCCUAAUAUACCACAGCCCCAGCCACAGAUAGAUUUCAACGUGGGAGAAAUGUUCGCGCGCAGCGCGUACGAAGAAACGCAGAAAAUUCUAGAGAGUGUCGAAGAUGUGGAAUACAACGAAGUCGAAAUGGGACAUCCUCGCCCAAGCCGUCUAAACUAUGCGACAACGAAGAAUCACAUCAAGCGUUUGCAGAGCUUCCGGCAUGAGCAUAUAAACGACAGUGAUGAGUCGAUCUUCAAGUCCAGAUACUCUAUACUCGGUCCCAAAGCAGAUUCCUAGAUCCACCAGCGCUAUCUAAAAGUUUUGUUUACUCGCCUUCUUGCACCCUUCGUAUUCUUUCCAACGUCCUAGGACCACAUUGUAUACCACCACGCAUCCCCCGAUAGCAUUGUUCAAUUAUCGUUUUGCAUCCAUUGUGUUGUUUCAAUAUUCAACGAUCACCUUGUAUACCCCUAAGAAGAAAUAAGAACAUCAUUGCCGACAAGACAGACGGAAAAUAUCAGAUCAAAACUCGAAUCCUGUAGUAGAAUAAAACUACAACAGUCAUACUACGAUACACUCGAGCGAUGAAGUACUAUGAUAUCGGAAAUCAUGUACUGUGAAGUUUCACACCGAAAGAACGACACGUCCAUUCGCCAUCAUCGAACAGCUUACAGUACAAUGUUCCCCAACGCCAUCCAAUAUCUUGAACGAACGAAAUAACCCAGGGAAAAAUGAUGGAGACCAAUCUCUUGAGACGAAGGUAGGCUAGGUUGUUGCCCGAGCUGCUAAGGCGGAAAUAACCAGGGGAAUCGUUUGACUAUCGGGUUGGCGACUCGGCGACGAUGCUUUGUCUGGCAUUCUCUGAUACCGGAGGUUUUAAGGUGACCUUAGCCAACAGUAUCAAUGUCCGGGGACUAAAUAAUACAAUACAGUACAGAAAAUAACGAUGAUGUGGAAAGGGAAUGUGCGUAAAAGACAU